CCGACAGCGGGUACCCGAAGGCCCCCCUAGGCGGGCCUCAACUUCGGCGCAGGUGUAUUUAGAAGCAGACUCCCCCCUUACACCGGAGCGCACUUCGGAACCCGUACCUGGAAAAGUUAAAGUCCCUCAAAUUGGUCUAUAUGAUGGAACUUCAGACCCUGACUCACACCUCGGUCAUUAUACUUCGUGGAUGGAUCUGCAUGGGGCCUCAGACGCACUUCGAUGUCGUAUGUUUUCUCUCACGCUGGGGCCUCGAGCCCAAAAAUGGUACCAUUCUCUUCCUCCCCACUCUAUUUGGAAAUGGCAACAAUUGAGGUCGGCUUUUCGAUCCCAUUUCAUCGGAGCCCAAGUUUGCUUAAUUCCAAAAAAAUCUCUUGCAAAUGUCACUCAAAAAGAUGAUGAAAGUGUCAAGGAUUAUAUCGCCCGAUUUAACGACCGAGUCCAAAACAUGGAGCCUUGUCAUCCUGAAACCCUGCUUGUCAUGGCCAUUUCCGGACUGAAACCGAAUUCGAUUUUCCGCUUGACAUUAUGUCAGAAUAAGCCGAACACUUUUCAAGAAUUUCUCGCCCGAGCUCAACAACAUAUUAUAGCUGAGAAAGCCAUGUCGGUCCCCGACUUUAACUUUAAUCCGAAGUCAUCUAAGGCAGGAACCGAUGAGAAGAAGAAGAACAAAUUUUUUGAAAGACAAAACAAAACCCAGUUCAGGGGACCUCCCCGGGGAGAUCCCAACGAUCCUGAAGUUCGAGCAGCCAGAAAACAGUAUGCUACCGAUGUGGAGUCCGGUUAUCAAACCGUAUAUUCCGCAGGGGCAGCUACCAUAUAUGAAGAAAUCAAAGGGAAGGGCAUUUUACCAGAUCCCAAACCACUUCGGAUGCCCGAGGAGAAAUUGGACAAGUCCCAGUAUUGCGAUUAUCAUAAAUCGCCAGGGCACAACACAGUUGAGUGUUUAAGUUUGUUAGCAGCCCUGUUAUGCUUAAUUGGUCACCCACAGCUUAGAAAGUUCUAUC